GAAGCAGCCUCGGUCAGCAGCCAUUGGCGACUCGGACGGCACCCCACGAUGCAAUAGAAAGUCGCGGUUGCCGACAGACGACACACACUCAACAUGUCGGCGCCCAAUUGCCUGCGCUGCCUCUUGCGGCCAUCGGCGGGAAUUCCAGUAUCUUCGCUUCCUCGAUCAACGCCGUUCGCCCUCGUCCGCGCAGCUCCCUUCACAACGACGACCGCAAAUCCACGCCCCAAGAAGGAGGCCCAGGCCGACGGGAAGCCGAAGAACCACACCCGCGCCGGCAAGAAGCUGAAGCUCGGCAAGUUCAAGAAGGAGAAGGUCGGUGACAGGGGAAGGCCCCCGCUGCCGGGCGAGCGCAAGGCCUACCGCAAGCGCAUCACCCUCAGCAACGACAAUGCCAUUCCCGUGCCGUGGCUGACCGACCUGGGCUCGGCCGAUUUGGCCAAUCCAGCCAAUAUGGCCAGGGUCAUGGCUUUACCCGUCGAGCUACAGGACCAGCUGCGCGCCAGCGAGGCCUUCAAGCCCACACAGUGCUGGGGCAUGUUCAGGAAACCCGCCGUCCUGGUGCGCAAGGAGACGGUCGACUUGGCGAACAGGAUGCAGAAUGCCGUCGACAAGAGGCAGACGUUGCGCCUAGUCGUCACUGGUGACAAGGUGACCGGUAAGAGCAUGAUGGUGCUCCAGGCCAUGGCCCACGCCUAUCUGAACAACUGGGUCGUUAUCCACAUACCAGAAGCCCAGGAACUCACCACCGCUUGUACCGAAUACGCCCCCAUCCCCAAUACCGACCCGGUGCAGUACAUGCAACCCGUCUACGUGCUCAAGCUCCUCCAAGCCAUCAAGCGCGCCAACGAGAACGUUCUUGCCAGAACUUACACCGUGAACCCCCAUCCAGAGCUCUCGCAAUCCGUUCCGCCCAACACGCCGCUCCUGGCGCUCGCCAACGCCGCCAAGGAACCCGAUGCCGCCUGGCCCGUCUUCCAGGCCCUGUGGAGCGAGCUGACGACGCAGGGCGCCAACCGCCCGCCCAUCCUCCUCUCGGUGGACGGGCUCGCUCACAUCAUGAAGAUCUCGGACUACCGCUCGCCGGCCUUUGACCUGAUCCACUCACACGACCUGGCCCUGGUGCGCUUGUUCGCCGACGCGCUCGGCGGCGCCGUGCAGCUACCCUCGGGCGGCGCCGUCAUCGCCGCCACGGCCCGCAACAACGCGCCCCGCACCCCGAGCAUGGAGCUCGCCCUCGCGCAGCGCGAGGCCGAACAGGCCCGCGCCGAGGCCCAGGCCAACGGGUUGGAUCCGAACGCCGUCGAGGUUCCGCAGAAGGACCCCUUUUUCCGUGGCUAUGAUGACCGCGUCGAGGCCGUCCUGCGCUCGGUGCAGGUGCUGCGCGUCCGUGGCGUCGACAAACUCGAAGCGCGCGCGCUCAUGGAGUAUUGGGCGGCCAGCGGCAUGCUGCGGGCGACGGUGGACGAGAAGACGGUGACGGAGAAGUGGACGCUGGCGGGGAGCGGCGUGCUGGGCGAGAUGGAACGGGCUGCGCUGCUGACGAUGCGAAUUUGAGGAGUCGUGUUUGUAAACUACCUAUGGGAUGGGUUGUAUAGAAGAGAUGUAAACUGUACUGUGAUAGAGGCCAAGUUUGUCCCGCAUUCAAGUCACCGCCUUUACAAUGGUAUGAUCACUGAUGCGUCAACCACUAUGGGUUUGAGGCACACACAAGACUUCAGUCUUAACUGCAUUUCACUUCCCAACCAACAGGACUACGCCGCUACAUCAUAAGGGACCAAACCGUUACAACCGCCUUCGCCAUUCAGCCAUUCGAUUCCCUAGCUGACCCCUACAAACGCCGUGUUUGACAUAAAACAGUAACCUAAGUGCAGCAGCUCACGCAAGUCAUGACCAUCCCAGGCAGCACCCUCACAGCUC